CUUCCUCAAGCACUUCCUCACUAAGCACCCUGAUAACCUAGGUCUAGCCCAGCUACACCUAUGCGAUUAACAAAUAUCACCAAUGAGCGCCCGACCCAAAUUACUGUCACUGGCCCAGACGACGCACAUUUAGCUGUUGAGAGACAACCCGGGAUCUGUAAAUGGAACCAUAAGGAACCGAAAUCGGAAUCAGACAUAGGCAGGCAUGUGCGCCAAGCUCAUCAUUUCAGUAGAGCCCGCAAGGCACAGGAUGCAGAAAUUUGCCCCCAUUGCAAAAAAUCGCAUUCAAAAAAGAACCAGUGGAGAUGCCGCCCGAAGACUGGAAAACAAGGAGAGCAAUUCCCAGUUGAUAGCCAACCUUUAAAUGCAACUUAUCCCUACAAUACCCCCCAAGAAUAUAAAGAAUGGAAAAAGGAGGCUCUGGAAGAUCUCAAGAGCAGAUUCUGCGCUGGCGAAGAAGCAAUCACCCAUGGUGAACAAACUGCCAAGAAUCUUUAUUCUCAUCUGGUUGUCGCUUCACACCCCAACACAGAUGAAAGCCAAGGCGAUAUAGAAAUCCGUUUUUGCACCAGCGAUGAGGAUUGCGAAAAGGCUGUGAUCGAUAGCAAGGUCCCAAUCAUCGCUGAAAAUCAGCAGCCUCUUCAAUGGAAAUCAGACGAACUACCUAUCAAAGAAACAUUCGAUCAGUGGAGACAUGAUGAAGAUCUCAUGGUAUAUGUGCAGCCCUCAAGCCGUCCCAGACUAAAAGAAUCCUACGAAAAGCGCACGAUAAGGGAGGUCGCUGAGAAAUUUCUAACCGACGGGACGCCCAAGGACCCAUGGAAUUUGCUAGAUUGUCGAUGCCCGUUCCCAAACGUUCACCCGAAGUUCCUAGUAUCCUAUCACUGUCGAUUGCUUCAUUUCAUUCAAGAUGGUAGCCUUAAAAACAAAUCCGCUCAAAGAGACGCUGCAUCAACGGUUGAGGUGUGGCAGUAUAAAAUGUUUGAGAAAGGCAUGCUUAUAGGCCAGGCGGGGGCGAAUUCCGACUUUCAUAUUGACAGUAACGGUUGGGGCACCUGGAUCACAGUUCAGCAAGGGAAGUUGGGAUUUUUGUUCAUGGCUAAUUUCUCGAAGGAAGACAGAGAGGCUUGGAGAAAGGACCGUGGGUAUAAUAACGGCAAAGUUCGGUACGUGGUUUUGAGACCAAAGCAGACCAUCUGGUUCCCGCCCGGGACCGUACAUGCUGUUGUUCGAUUGGAAGUCACGGUUUCCAUAACCGGCCACAUUCUGAGGUCGUGUGAUAUCACGAUUUGGUUGGAAGUGUUGGAGACACAGCGCGACGACCCUAAGAUAACCAACGAAUAUAUGAAGGAUGAAAACACUUUGCGUAUGCUGGAUAGCGCUCUUAAUAUAAUUAAGAAACGAAUACAGCAUGGCGACGUUGAUGCGAUUGGAGGAUCAGAAGAAACCAAAAGAAAUGUAGCAACGAUAGAGAUACUGAUUAAGGUAAUUGAGCGUAAAAAGAGGAAUAAAAGAAAGAGAA